GCUGUGACCACCACUGUGUAACAAGCGUACAUAAUACAUUAUAUUCGUAAUUAUAAAGUAAACUUGUAAAAUACAUUAAUAUUUUUGCUUUUAAUAAAAUAAUUGAUACAUACAAAAAAAUGGAGAAGGUGUAUAUUUUUUUGGCACUAGCUAUAUUUGUCAAUGUCGCUGUAGCAAUGAACUUAAGGCAUAAGAGGCAGUCAAAUGGUGCAAAUGAGAAUAAUUUGGAUGAAAGAUAUGGUUCGGAUAGACCUCGUGAUUUACCACAGUGGGGCAAUCAAUGGGGCAACAUGAAUCAACCCUGGGACCAAAAUCAGUGGGGCAAUUCUGGUGAGGACCAAAAUCAACAGUGGCCUUUCCCAAACCAAAAUGGCCAGAAUGGUGGAAACUGGCCAAACCAGAACGGUCAAAAUGGCCAGAAUGGUGGAAAUUGGCCUAACCAGAACGGCCAGAGUGGUCAAAACUGGCCAAACCAAAAUGGCGCAAAUGGGCAAACCCCGCCACCUACACCAAUACCUAAUGGAAGUUCCACCCAAUCUCCCCAAAUGAUGGCGUGCAUCUCAUCCUGCCCAGUGACACCUGAGUAUAACCCUGUGUGUGGUUCUGAUGGUACCACGUACUCCAACCCUGGCCGUCUGACUUGUGCUCAAUUUUGUGGAUUGAACAUAAGCCAGAUCCGUGCUUCACGGUGUCCCCCCACCACCACCACAGCAGCGCCACAGUUCACAACCCUCGAAAAACGUGAGAAGUCCCCAAAUGGCAUUGCGUCAGCAUGGCGUACGGACUACGGCCUAAAACCCUCGCCUGAGAGGAGGCCCGUGCCCGGCAAUGGGACGUAUAAAUAUGAUGUUGUUGAUGAUGAUGAUGAGAUCUUUGUAUCUUUAGCCGAAUUUAUGAUCACUUUGAUAUGGCGCCACACAAGCACGGGUCGCAUCUUCAGCGCGCGCUAUGGAAAACCAUACGACAGCCACGAUCAGUUCCACCACGCCUUCGAACACAAUGACCAAGACAGCUGGCACAAUGGAGCUCCAGAGUGGGACCAGCCAACGUACCACAGAAUUCAUAUUAACAACGCACAUAAUAGACACCCAAUUGUACAUCGCAAUGAUUAUCAAGAAUCCAGGGAAUACUGGAGGCAACAUCAUCCAGUCAGUUACAAAUACAGCCCCGAAAUGUAUACGAAUUAUCCAGUGUUCACACCUAAGUUUCCAUCACAUGUAAUGGAUACGCUACCGCCCGUAACUCCUUCAAGGACUGUGUCUUCACUUCAAUGCAUACGGUCAUGUCCUACGGCCAUAGAGUACAACCCUGUUUGUGGCACUGACAACGUCACUUACAUUAAUCCUUCUAGCUUGGAAUGUGCCAAGCAAUGUGGUAUAGAGGUUGAGUUACAGCUGAAGUCGACGUGCCCUUCAACCUACACCUUAAAGGUCGAAUCCACUCAAUCUACAUCCACUUCUUCUCCAACUGAUACUCACCUAACAGAAAACGAAAAACACUGGGAAGAUAUUCCAUUAACAGAAUCACCUUUUUAUUACAUGGAUCACUUGGAAAGUACAGAAAAAAAAAUAUUUCAUGCAAACUACGACGAUGAUACACGAACGCCGUUGACUGAAUCUACAACUUCAGAACCAAAACAUGGCAGUUUAGCCAAUACAGAUGCCACGCUAUACACUCAACGCCCUAAACACUGGCUUGAUAUUACCCAAGACAGUUCGGACGAAGACGAAAAUAUCGAAAUUGAUGUUAGAAAUCCGCCGUUUGAUGAUUAGUGGUUAUUACAGAGACUUUAGUUUUAAACAAUUAUAGAAGUCUAGUAAGUAAGCCUUCGAGAAACAUUCCUUGAUAGUGAUUACCUAUGUGGUAAUUUUACAGAAUACAAGAUGCACCUCGAGUAAGAUAAUGUAACAGCCGCACAGUAACCGCAAAAAGUUGAGAUAUAAAACGGUAAUGUAACCAACAUUUUCAAUUAAUAUUCUGUUAUCUUUCUUCUAAACUAGUAAAGGCAAAGGUCGUACAUCUCUGCAGUUGUUACAAAUCUUGUGAAAGGUCUUCACAAUGAGCUAUUAAGAACGAAA